AUGUCUCAGCAAGUGACCACAGACCAAGAGCCUGGCAUUUUCCUAAUGUCACGGGAUGCUAAUAUCUCUGCCAAUGUCAGCUUUAUUCCUGUGCAAUGUACCAUCUUCCUGUCGUGCCUAUACAGCAUCAUCUUUGUUUUCAGCCUACCAAUGAACAUUGUUGUGCUCUGGGCUAUGUGGCCCCAAGUCAUAACAUCCUUAGGUGUACCGGUUUAUGCGGUCAGUCUACUUUGUGCUGUCCUUUUGGAAAUUAUAACCUUGCCUUUUGGGGUGGCAUACAUGCUUGGUAGAUUGCCAUUGAGUUCUAUGUCAUGCUUAAUUAUUUCUCUCAUCCCCACUAUUGCACAGAGGGUUGCAGUCACUUUUGUUGUCUGGAUAUUUGUGGUACGAUAUGUGGCUGUGGUUCACCCACUAGGCUAUGGAAGGCUGUGCAAGGGUUGGAUCUGCAGUCUAACAAGCAUUAGUAUAUGGCUCUUACUUAUUUGUAUUUCUUUAGUGCAGCCAAUGACCUCUGAACUUAAAACAGAACAGUGCUUCCCAACAUACCAAGUGGUAACAGAACUGGCCUUAUUUGACUUGAUUACCACCUUUGUCUUUGGUCUGUUUCCUUUGGUUCUACUGGGUACCAUUUGUAUUCUUAUUUUUUGUGCCCUAAGAAAUUCACCAACAGUUUGCAUAAAACAAAGACGAAGAAUUAACACUCUGCUCCUAUUAGUUGUGUUUGGAUUUGGAUUUCUAUGUUGUCCUAUGAAUUUGGUUCGUGCUUACCAGUGCAUUCUUGUCUUACUUGGUCAACCUCCUAACAAGGUUAACAAUGGUUUCCUCCUGACAUACCAAUUACUGUUUGCUCUCAGCAGCCUUAGUGUAGUGCUGACUCCUCUCUUCUAUGCCUUCAGCUCCAGUGAAGUGAAGAAGAAACUAUGGGAACUAUUUGCGAAAAAUAAACCAAUGGAUGUACCCACUAACACAUGACAACUAUGUUCUGGUUUCACAACAAGAAAUCAGUAAUGAAGUCAGUGGGAUACAGAAUCUGGUCAUUACAAA